AUGUAGUGCACACUUAAUUAUAAAAGUAGUUCAAAUGCUUACAAUACACCCCUUCACACGUGUAUGUACAACCUUGUCAUACUGAUCUAAUUGUUAGACGAAAUAAAAUACUUUAAAUUUGGAACUAUGUCUGAAGUUUCAUCAGCGAUUUAUCUGUGUCGAGUUUGCGGCGACAGAGCUUCCGGUGUACAUUAUGGCGUUCUUUGCUGCGAGGGAUGUAAGGGUUUUUACUUCCGGACGAUCCGUGGAAAUAAGCGGUACACCCCGUGCCAAUCGCCAAGCCUUUGCCUCAUACUGCGUCUCAAUAGAAGCGGAUGUAAAUUCUGUCGUAUGCAGCGAUGCCUACAGUUGGGAAUGUCUUAUGAAGCCGUAAAAAUGGGCAGACGACCAAAGAUUGCACAAAGGACAAUAAAACCUACCCUGGUGACAAAGGCGACGAUACAGGAUGAUUUUGUUAUUGAUAUUUAUGCUGCGUUCACCGCCGCUUGUAAGACUUUAUUCACAGAUAAUCAUACCAUCAGUGAUAAAAGUAAAUUGGGAAAAGGUGUUGUUUAUGUACAAAAGGGAAUAAUGUUUGCCUCGGCAUUAGCAAAACAGCUGACUCUGUUUAAAUCUCUCCGCAGUGAAACUCAACUUAAUCAAAUAAAAACUUCCGUCAUUGAAAUCUCAAUUGUGCUAGAAGCAAUUCAACUUGACAAUGGAAACUCUCAGGACAUCGACAUAUUGAUGAAUGAUGAUUCCGUAAUAGGAAAUAUAUCCCAAAGGGGACGGACAUUAGUGAACAAGCUAAUUGCAUUAGAACUUACUCAAUCAGAGAUUUCCCUUUUGGUAGCUUUGGUAUUAUUUUGUUCAGAGCGCAACUUGGCUGACUCAGAAGAUUACAAGAAACUCCAGCAUGUAGAAGAAUCCAUUUUAACAGCUUUAACGUAUCAGCUAAUUUUAAAUCAUAUUCAUCCU